CCCACUCAAUAAUUAUCUCUCGUGUCGAGAGAUGAAUUACGCGACCAGUCCUGCCUGGGCUCAAUAGUCCAGACCAUAGGUCUUGUCACUAAUUUAGUGGCAGGAUCUUGUUCCCAGCUGGCGCCGACAACCCCUGGGGCAGAUGUAAAUGGCUACGGUCUCACACCGUCAAGAUCCAGGGCCCUAUAAACUGGCCUGGACCGGCUGGAUCAUCACAGGCUCCCAUCUCCGUCGGUACAUGGUGCGUUUCAGACUAUGUAGACCACCAUGACGAGCUCGCAAGAGACCGCCUCGAGGGUGCCUGUGGUGAUUGCGGGAUACACCGUCCCCAUCAUCUGCAUGGUGCUGAGCACCGGUUUACGACUGGUUGUCAAAGUCCGCGGUCCAUCAGAAGACCGCUUCCAUGCAGAUGACUACCUGAUUACCCUGGCCACGGGGCUGGAGGUAGCGUACAGUAUUGUUAUGCUCUCCAUCGGCGUAAGUCAUGGUUUUGGAAAACAUGUCUCAACCCUCUCGACUAGCGACCAGGAGGCCUUUUUGAAGGGUGAUUAUAUUGCCAGUCACCUCUACAAUGUCGGUCUUGCCAGCGUCAAACUCAGCAUCCUCGCCUUAUACUAUCGCAUUUUCACCAUCCCAUGGUUCCGCAAAACGGUGAUCGGCUGUGGCGCUUUUGUCUGUCUCUGGAUUGCGACCAUUGAAAUCUUCAUGGGUUUGCUCUGUCGGCCAUUGGAGGCUUUUUGGGACGCCAGUGUCAAAGGGCAUUGCUUCAACUCUAGUGCCCUAUCAUACUACGUGAACACCUCAAACAUGAUCACCGAUAUCGUCAUCUUUGCUCUGCCCAUUGGGGUCAUUGUACGGCUGCGUACGACUCGGCAUAACAAAAUUGCACUCUGCAUUAUCUUCUCAAUUGGAUUCAUUACCUGCGGAAUCAGCGCUGCUCGUCUAGCCUUCGUCUUCGCCCAAACAUCCUCAGAUGUCACCUGGGACGGCGUCGAACUCGGCGUCCUAUCCGGCUUCGAAUCCCUCGGUGGAAUCCUCUGCGCCAACCUCCCCAUAAUCUACCGCCUGUUCAAACAAGCCGCCCAGAAAGUGACCAGCCGAACGGGAGGAAGCUCCUCCGCGCCCCGUCUGCAGUAUGGUCGCGAAUCCAAAAGCUUCGCCUCCCGGUCCCGUCCACGUCGACACCGCCUCAGCGAGACGCUCAGUGAGCAGUGGAUCCAAUUGCAGAACGGAAACUCGUCCAAUGACAACCAUCAUUCCAGUAAGAGCUCCGCGGAAUACUCCGUGCAGAAGGUGGUCGAUAUGGAAACGGGGAUGGAAAUGGUCCGGCUGGACAACAUGCCGAAUAAUGCCAUUACCGUCAAGAGAGAUUUUCAUCAGGUGGUGGAGGAACAUCGUUGAGAGAUGCUCAUAUCACAGUUAUUCAGAUCACAGUCAUUCUUUUAUUCCUCCCUUUAUCAGGACCUUUUUCUUAUGUUACAUAUAAAAGUUUAUCUUGCAUAGAUCUAGAUAGUUGUCUUACACACUUUCGAGGAUGCGGAAAACGAAC